AUGGGUACUCUACUAACCAUAUCCUGUUAUAUUUUCACAUUUUCACCAUCUUUCUGUAUUUUUUGCCGAUUUAUCGCCCAUGAUCCCGUCAGAAUUAUUUUGUUCUUUUUGGGGUGAGUUAUUUCGGAAGGGUUUUGGACAGUGAAAGGGGAUUCUAGGCUACAAAAAUCAUGUUUUUAAAAAAUUUGGAACAACCUACAAUUUUUUAUCUGACUUCAAAUAUCAAAAUUUUAAACAUAAAAUCGAUUUUCAGAAAACCUUCAAAGUUUUAAUUUUCUAGCCUAAACUUCAUUGAUUUUCAACUGUAAAAAUCUACCCAAACAUUUUUUUCUUGCAGCUCAUUCUUCUGGCUCGUAUCAAUUCUCUUCUCAUCUCUAAUCUGGCUUCUUCUCUCCCAAAUUCUUCCCAAACCUCAAUCCUUUUUCCUCGCCAUUUCAACUUCAAUUCUCAUCCAAGAAUCGUCUCGCAUCGCCUAUUUCCUUCUUCUAAAAGCCGCUCAAAGUGGACUAAACAAGAUAACAAAACAAGGUCAAAUAUCAGUGGCUCCCGGUGUUUCGGAUCUUCAAAAUAGCCGACAUAUGUUAGGAUUAGUUUGUGGCCUCGGAAUGGGAGUGAUUUCGGCGCUUUUUUUGACAAUGAACGCAUUUGCCGCAUUUUCGGGUCCUGGAACGAUUGGAAUGCCUGAAGCACUACUCAAAAGUACGGUAGAUGUGAAUCGAGCCGGAAAAUAUUUACCCGCAUUUUAUUCUGCUUCUGCUCUUUUGCUUAGCUGCUUUCAUGUUUGCUGGACUAUUAUGAUUUGGGAUAGUUGUCAUCGAUUUGGACGAAUGCCAACUGCUUAUUUACCAGGAUUCGCGGCAUUGAUCACACAUUUUGCAGUCGCCUAUUUGGUGAGUUAUUUUUUGGGUGAAGAUUUGGGGAAAAUUCUAAUUUUUAAGCUGAAAUUCAGGAUUCCUAA